GCCAAUUGUAAUAAAGUGGAACAAGCCAGAGCAAUUGUUGACCCAGCUGCAAUUGAAAAUAGAGCGUCGAGUAAUAUUUUUUUUCCGUCUGCUGAUGUGUCUACUCAGUCUGCUUUGAGUGUUUGCUUACGUGAAAUGAGAGAUACGCCGGAACGUAGUUGCUUUUAUAACCGGUACAGUCUGUGGACUCCAGAAUUUCGCUUGCCUCUAAGAAUAUAAUGUAAGUCGUUGUCUGUCUUGAAGUUUUGCGUCAAGUCCUUUAUUUUUCAUACUCGAAGUAUUGAAACACGGCUGCUUGUCAUGGCCGUUCUAGUCAAACUAUGUACGCAGUGCAGUGCCAAACGUUUCUUAUGGCUCGUGACAAUACUCUUUGUAUUACUUACUUUGUGUUGGUACAUGAAAAGUCCGCUUUCAACUGAGAUGAAUCAACACAAAAUUGAUUGCUCACAAACUUCUAGCUCUGAAGCUGCCAAAAGAAUGGAGGAUGGUGACAUGGAAACAGAACAGACAAGCAGUUAUGAACCCCUGUUCAAGAGCAAGAUAGUUCACAUUGAUUUGAAGGGAUCACCGCCUAAGCCAACAUAUUUUGCAGAUCUGUUUCCAUUACUAGCCAAACUUGGGGCCACUGGCAUUUUGAUUGAAUAUGAAGAUAUGUUUCCGUACACUGGCACCUCUCUUGAAAACACCCCUGCUCGUAAUGCAUAUACCCCAUCAAUGGUCUUGAAAAUCAAUCAGCUGGCAAAGGAAAACCAUUUGGAAGUAAUCCCACUUAUUCAAACUUUUGGACAUCUAGAGUUCCUCCUAAAACUUCCAGAACAUAUGCACCUACGAGAAGUACCAGAGCAGCCUCAGGCCAUAUGUCCAACUCACAAGGAGACACUGCCUUUGCUGUUCCACAUGCUACAGCAAGUUGCCAAAUUACACCCGGAAUCGAAGAGGAUUCACAUCGGAGCGGAUGAAGUUUACUUUAUUGGCCGAUGUACUGCUUGCCAGGAUCGUAUGAAUAACAGGCUGUGGUCGACUUCAGAUCUCUUUAUUGAUCAUGUCACUGCAGUUGCAAAAUUCGUUAACGACAAACUAGGUAUGCGACCCAUGAUGUGGGACGACGAAUUUCGUUCCUUCACCGAACCUCAAUUGGUUCAGUCUGGCAUUGGUAGCUUAGUGGAUCUCGUUGUUUGGAACUACAAACCAGCACUCGAACUAGAUCGCGAUAUCUGGGCCAAGUAUUUGAAGGUUUUUGAUGCCAUUUGGGCAGCUAGUGCAUUUAAAGGUGCCACUGGUUCAAACCAGCAAAUCACCAGUGUUCGGUACCACGUAGAGAACCACCGCGCAUGGCUACGUCUGAUCGAGGAAUAUCGAGACACUCCCUAUCUAAGAAAAUUCAAAGGCAUCAUGCUUACCGGCUGGUCUCGGUACGAUCACUUUGCAGUCACGUGCGAACUACUGCCAGCAGCAUUUCCUUCGCUCGCCGUGGAUUUACUUUUGCUUCAGUACGGCGAGAAUCAUGUGCAUUUGGCAGACCAAGAAGCUGUUCAGUAUUUAGGAUGCACGGGAAGUUUUAUUUUCCAACAGGCGCAAGAUACCUACUACCCUAGCUGCAAUUUCCCCGGUUGGGAAGUAUAUAGCGUGAUACAAAACUACGGCCAGACAAUGGAACAGUACGCUAAAGUGCUCAACGACUCUGUUGUACGCGGUUGGUUGACCGAUUAUAACUUGGCCAAGCAAUUUUCCAGCCCUACCCACCUGUCUGGUAUCGGCACUGAGCUCAGCUAUCUACAAAACAGUUUCGAUGCAUUGAAACGUGAAUCAGAGAUCGCCUUCCCGGCUGUUUACGACACGAAUACCACCAAAGAGUGGUUCGAAUCACACGUCAAACCCAUGGCCGACAAAGUGGGUGAGCUCCUUAUGGCCAUUGAGGUUCUACGCUCCAAAAAUGUCUGGCCGAGAAGACCUAUUUAGAAACAAAUUUAAACAGCGCCAGUCAUACGUAUUGUGAGAAGAAUACGAUCGGCUGGUUAACUAUUUUAAUAUCUCGUACUACGUUUGCUCCUUAUUACUUUGUGUAUCCUUUUAUAUUUGUACUAUAUGUAUUACUCCAAGUAUUCUUAUUCUUCAACGUCCAAACUUGAUAUAUAACGAUUUCGGUAUUGAUUCCAUUUUUUGGAUGUUUUUUAAUUUGCUAUUCAAUUACACUUGUCAAUCUAC